AAGUCAUUUGUUACACUCGAGGUGACAUGUAAACAGAAGAAAAAUCGGUGGAAAUACGAAAGUCACAUGUUUUCGUAAUUACUCGGUAUUUUUUCGCUCGCGCUGUCGCGGAUCCGUAUCGAUAGUAUUUUCGGUUACUGAACGCGAGGUGGUUGUUUUCGUUCCGCGAGUUAACCUUGUCGAUUAUUUUCGGCCCGGUUUUUUUCAAAUGUUUCUGUGUUGCGUCCCGAAUGUCGACGACGGCCCGCUAGAUGGAUUUUAAAUUCAAUUUCGAAUAAUGUGAGACGGGAAUUGCGGGAGCUGUCACUGCGAUGCUCAGCGUACCAGUGGCGCCGACGUCGGCGGCCCCGCCCGUCGGUGACGCCGCUGGCAUCCCGCAGACGCCUCUGGCCGCCACUACAGUUUUCGCAUCGCCCGACACGGAUCAAGCGCAAUUCGAGGCGGACAAGAGGUCCAUUUACAAGCACCCACUGUUCCCACUUCUAGCUCUUCUUUUCGAACGUUGCGAACUAGCUACGCAGUCUUCUGAGCCCCAAUCUAGCGACGCUUUCAAUCUAGACAUACAAGCCUUUGUUCAACACCAGGAACGCGAUAGGAAACCAUUUUUAGCCAAUGAACCGGAAAUAGAUGGUCUGAUGAUAAAAGCCAUACAGGUGUUACGGAUACACCUAUUAGAAUUAGAAAAAGUUCAGGAGCUUUGUAAAGAUUUCUGCAACCGUUACAUAACAUGUUUAAAGGGCAAAAUGCAAUCGGAAAAUCUGCUCCGUUCGGAUUAUCCGCAAGAUAUUUUAGGUACGGGAAUGAUCAACAACAUCGAGAGCAACAACAACAGCAUGAUGUCGCACGGCAACUCGGAAAGCGGUUCCGCAUCGAACAGUCCUGUUCAGUAUUCGAUCAGUCCAUCUCACGUGGCGAUGCCCCCGCAGCCCCAUUUGGAGAGGCCGACGCCUGGUAGCGUGAACCUCGAAGCCACGCCCUACGUCCUGCCCCACUACAAUGGGCCUACCACGCCCCUAGCUCAGUCAGGGCCUGCGCAGUCGCCUGCCCUAGUCGCCGAAUCUCUAGUCGUACAUGGAUCCACACCGCUCUCGCAGAUAGGUGCCGGUUUAUGUCAGCCGAUAGCGGCGCCACCGUCGGAAGGAUCCGGACCUUUGUCACCCGCUCCCACCACCCCCGGGGGCAGCAACGACGACUGCGAUAGCGAUUUCUCGCGUGGCGGCAGGAAACAAAAACGAGGCGUGUUACCGAAACACGCGACCAGCGUGAUGAGGUCGUGGCUGUUUCAGCAUUUGGUCCACCCGUACCCUACCGAAGACGAGAAACGCCACAUUGCCGCCCAGACGAAUCUGACCCUCCUCCAAGUCAACAAUUGGUUCAUAAACGCGCGUCGACGUAUCUUGCAACCGAUGUUGGACGCCAGCACACCAGCCGGACAAGAUGGCGCGCGGGCUGGUUCGCCUGGCGGCGGCAACGCGAAAAAGAAGAAGAGUCAGAACAACAACCGACGAUUCUGGCCGCAAGAUUUCGCCAACAUGCAGCCUCAACUCGAUAGCGGCAUCUUAUCGAGUUCGGAGGACGAAGGCGAUUCGUACAGUAGCGACGAAGAGGAGGGCGGGCUAGUGAUAGACUCUACGCCGCAGCAAAGCGGUAGCAGUGAAGCGAACCAAAACGGACGGCAAAGCGAUCAACCGUUGCCCGUGUACGGGAACGCGUCGGACGCCGAACCUCAGUCGCAGUAACGCCAAAAUCGAUUAAACAUGUUCCUCAGAACCGACCGGGCAUUACGGACUUUAUUGCAAUAGGGAAAACAAAAACCAAUAAUAUAGACUCACCGGCGUGAAAAACUGAAAAAAGAAGUUAAUGUUUUGCGAUAUUUUAUUGAAAAAGUGAAUUCUUUUUGAGGAAUAAGUUUCCUUCUAAUAUAUAUAUAUAUAUAUAUAUAU